AUGAAAUUAUCAUAGUUAAUAUAUGAAUACCUGCAUAGGAAAUACACAAAAACCAAAUAAAAGAGUGAUGAUUCAUAUUCAAAGCAAGUAUAUCAUCUAUUUUAAUAAACAAGAUAGAAUUUGAAAAUGGAGACACAGUAAAUUUAAAGGGUUUUUCAUCUUCUGAAUUAAAAAAUAAAAUUUCUACAAUAUAAUCAUUGGGGAGUGUUAUUUGGAGAUAUUUGAAGAGACCUUUCAAUCAUAUAUUUGCGAUAAUUAGCAUUAUAUGUUUAAGCAUAAGUCAAAAUGAUUCUUAAGUUAUAUAUGGAUUUGUCAUUCCAUUUCUAUUUAGUAUAGUAAUGUAUUUAAUAAAAACAUUUUAUUACAUGAUAUUGGUAUAUGAAGAGGAUAAUUUAAUAAACAGAAGAAAAGUGAUAGUAUUUAAGAAAUUGAGGAAGAUGUUGCAAAAUAAAAAAAUCGGUUUAAUGGAAUAUGAAUAAAAACUAAAUAAGAUAUAAUUAGUAUAAAGUUAGAGAACUGAGAAAGCAAUGGUGCCUUAAUCUCCUUAACCUUUAACAGAAUUGAAUGAGAACACAAAAAUAAGUAUAAUAGAAACAAUAAAAUGGGAGGAUUUAGAAAUUGGAGAUAUAAUAAUAUUAUAAAGGAAUGAGAUAUGUCCAGCAGAUUGUUUAAUAUUAGAAUCAAAUUAAGAGAAAUGCUAUGUAAAUAAUGCAUGUGUAAGUGGACAGACAGAUGAAGGGAUAAAGUUUGCUAAUGAAUUAACAUCUUUACCUAAGAUGCAUUAAUUUAAAGGUAAUGGAUUUGAAUAUCGAUUAUUAUUAAGUGGUAAAGUAACAUUUGAUAAGGAUUAUAAAUCUGAAUCUUUUUAUACAGGAUUCAUAAGAUUAAAGAAUGAUCCUUAGGCUGUUGAUAUCAAAAGUGAGAAUAUUCUCUAUAGAGGAUAAUAAUUAUAAACAUGUGAUUAUGUUUAUGGAUUGAUAUUGAGUUGUGGGUUAAAUUGUAAAUAUUAUUAUUUAAGUAAUUUCGAAAAAUCUACAAAGUCUUUUUUUGAAAAUAAAAUGGAUACUUUCUAUAAAUUUACUUUAAUAUUAAUAAUUUUAUUAUCUUUUGGUUCAUGGAUGAUUGAAUCCAUUAGAUAUAUUGAUAAAGGUUGGAGAAUUAAACAUUUAGCUGAUUAUUUUCUAAUAUAUUUGAAUAUGUUUCCAUAUUAUUUGAUAGGUUUAUUGGAUAUAUUAUAAAUUCUUAGUUCAACUUUAAAAUUAUUUUAAUUCAAUAAACAAAAAGGAAGUUAGAGUGCUGAAAGUUAAUAAGAAUUUAACAUAUUUGUAAAUCAAAAAAUGGAUUUAAACACUAUAUAUAGUAAAUUAAAUCCAACUCCAAUAGCUGAUUUAUCAUUAGUUGAUUCUGUUAUUUUUGAUAAAACAUGUACAAUGACAAUACCAUUAUUUAAGAUUAAAUUAAUUUUCUUAAAUGAUACAUUUUAUGUAAUACAUAAUAAAACAUUUAAAAAUAUUAUUCAAUGGAAAAAGUACUAGAAAGAAGUCAUAGAUAAUUAAGAAUUACUUUUUAUUUAAGAUUCAUCAUUAUCACCUAAUCAAAUUUCAUCAAUCAAAGUAUCAAUUCAUCAUCGACCUAUGAGUCCUACUAAAAGAACUUCGAUUUCACCUUGGAGAUUAGAGGAUAAUUUAGUGAAUAUUGAACCUAAUAUUGAGUAAGAUAUAAGGGAAACUAGUUAAUAGGAUGAAGUUAAUUUUAAUGCUGAAGAAAUUGCAGAUGAUCAUUCUAAAUUAAAAGAAAUACAUAGAACUAAACCACCUAAAUUAUUUUAAAUUGAUUCUUGGGAAUCUGGAAUUGAUUUUGGAGGAAUGAUUAAUUAAUUAAAUGAACAAAGAAUCAUUAAAUCUUAAUCUCCUAUCAAAGAAACUGCAAAAAGAAAGUUUAGUGAAAGAAGACCUAUUUUAGAAAAAAUGGAACCAUAAAAAAAACUAUCUGCUGAUCGAUUUUAUAAAACUGAUGAAUUCAAUAUUCUAUAUGAUCGAUAAGAUGAUUUUACAAGCAAUGAAAAAGAAAUAUUCAGUAAAUCUUUAACUCCAGAAUAUAGAGGAGUUAUUGAAGAAGCCUUAUUUAUUCUCAUUAUUUGUCAUAAUACUUAAACUAAAUAUCUUAAGAAAUAGGAUUCGUUAUAACAAGAAUUUAAUAAUCAAAUUGAUUAACUAUAGAUUACUUUAGCUUAAAAUUACGAUUAUAAAUUCAUUGGAUCUACAUUUGGAAAAAAUAAAUAUAUUAUUGAAAUUAAAGAAAAUUUACUUGAAAUUCCAGUAACAGUUAUUUAAUUAGAUAAUACAAAAUUAUCUGUAAUAACCUAAAUCACAGAUUAUAAUAAAUUGUUAGCCUUUUAAUUUAAUGACAAAUUUGAAUAUAUUCAAUAUAUCAGAGAAGAUGGUUUAGAAUUAAUUGAAGGUAUCAAUAUGGAUAAGGAUGAUAAAGAUGUUUGGAAUGGAAUUAUUAAUAAAAUUAUUUAAAAAGGUUGUAGACCAAUCAUAUAUUAUAAAUUUAAUAUGGAUUAAAAUAGUUAUAAUUAAUUUAUAAGGAAUCCAUAAGAAGAAAUUAAAAAUAAAAACAAUCAAUUAGAAGUUGUUUUAAUUAUUGGAGUAUAAGAAAAAAUAAAAAAAUAAUUAAAGGAUAUUAUUACGUUUUAUCAAAAUGCUGACAUAUCAAUAUGGAUUGCUAGUGGUGAUAAUAAAAAUAAAGUAUUGCCUAUUGCAUACAAAUCAAAUAUAUUGAAAGAAAAUAUUCAUAUUCUUAAAAUAGAGUCUAAUGAUAUGAUAUCUUAAUAAAUUAAGUAACAUAUUUUAUGGUGUUAUAAUAACUUAAUUAAAUAAUUAAGAGAAGAACAAGCAGAAAAAAAAAAUAAUCAAAAACUUAGCAGUCCUAAUAAUAAGAGAAAAUCAAUAAAUUUUGCUAGAAGAGCCAGUACAAGAGGAGUUUUACUUGGAAUAAAUAAAAAUUUAUCAAAAACGAAACCUUUUUGUAUAAUGAUUGAAGGAAAGGCUCUUGAGAUUAUUGAAAAUGAUUCAAAUUUAUAUAAUCAUCUGGCUUUUUUAGUUUCAUUUUGUACUCAUCUUAUUGGAUAUUCUAUGAAUAAAUACCAAAAAGGUGUUUUAAUUAAAAUUCUAUAGAAGAAAUAAUUAUAAAGAAGGAGAAUAUUAGUAGUUGGAGAUGAAGCCAAUGAUUCUAUUAUCAUGGAAAAAUCAGAUUUUGCAAUACAAAUUCAGAAUGAGAGAAUUAAUUAAGAUAGCAAAAUUGAAAAAAUGGAAUAAAUAGAAAGACUUAAAAAAGAAUCAAAUUAAAAUAAUCCUAAUAAAUUAUCAAAGUAUAAAUAAUUAUAACUAAACUACUCUAAUAAAUAAUUAGAAAAAUUUUUAUAUUCUAAGUUAAGAUAUAUGAGUACAGCUGAUUUAAUUAUUAAGGAUAUGAAUAAUCUAGUUACAUUAUUAUUUUAUGACAGUAGAAAACAUGCAGAAUUUCUAGAAAAUUUAAUGGUAUAUGCCUUUUAUAGAUGUUAUCUAAUAAUGUUUUGCAUAUUCUUCCAGUGUAUUCUGGAUGUUCAAAAUGAAAUCCCACCUCUCCCAUAUUUCUAAUCGAUCAUGUUUAUUUUACCUUCUUUAUUAUUAUAUAAGUAAUCAAUUCUAAAUUCAAGAAAUAUAACAGAUUUUAAAUAAUAAUUAGUUUACUUCUAUAAUUAGAAUUGGAUACAGUUUAGAAAGCACAAAUAUUGGUUAUUCAUUUACAAAGUAUUAUUGUUUUCAAUUUUCGAAUCAUUUAUUGUUAUAAUAAUUUAAAAGUACAUUGAAUUUUAUACCAAUGAUGGCAGAGAUUUUGAUAAUUCAAUUUAAUCCUUAUAGAUGUACACAAUAAUUAUUUUUGUUGAACAAAGCAAAUGGAUAUAUGAUAAUAUAAUCUAUUGGUUGGUAUUAUAAUUAAUACUAUAUUUAUUAACACUCGUAAGUUAUAUUUAAAUCUUUUAAGAGACUUACUAUUAAAUACUUGAACAUUUGAUAAGUAUUCAAAGUAUUUUUUAUAUCAUACUAAUCAUUUUGAUAGUUUUUACAGUUGAAUAAUUACUGUUUUAGUUUAUUCCUUAUAGUAUUGAUAAAUUAACUUUUUCAGUAUAAGAUAAGGGUGAAAUUUGCAAAAAAUUGGAGCCAGUAUAGAUUCAUUAUUCACAAAAGAAGAACAAUAGUUUGCUUCUACUGAAUAUAUAAAAAUAUGCUUUAAAAUUGUUUAAAAAUGAAGACGAUAUGGACUCUUCAAUAAGAUCAAUGUUGUCAGGUAUGGCUUUGAGCGAGAAGAGUAUAAAAAUAAAUAAAUUUACUUAGCAAUUCAAAAACAUUUAGUUGGAAACAAAAUAUCAAUUGAAUGAGUUAACAUCUAUUUUAGAAUAUUAUCGAUUUUAUUAUCCAUUGAGUUGGAUGCUUGUUGAAGGAGCAAUAUUGCUGUAAAUUUGGUUUGUAAAUAAGGAUUUUGAUUAUACAUGGUUACUUUAUUUUUCAUAUGGGUACAACGGUACUCAAAUAUUAAUGGCUUUAUUUAUAUACACGUCAGUAUUUAAGAAGUAUCAUUUCAGAUUGUCAAAGAUAUUGAUUUUAUCACGUCUUUUGUACAAGAUUGUUUAUGAUAUAUACUUUUUUUAGCAGAAUGAUAAUUCAUUAAGUGAUAUGCUGAUAAUGUAGUUGUUUAUGCUUUAACCAUUGAUUGAUGACAGACCUUUGACAAUAAUAUUCUAUUGUAUAAUAGUGAAUAUAAGUUUUAUAAUAAGAUUCAGUGCAAACAACACAUCUAUAAAUUAAAAUAUUAAUACAUAUAUAAUGCUAAAUUAUUAUCUGAUAGCAUUUAUGUAGACAGCUUUAAGUAGCGGGAUGCAUUUGAGAGUGUAAAGAAAUUUGAGAUAGGAGUUCAUUUAGAAUUUGUAACUGAAUUAGAAAAUAAAUUCGAUAAGUGAUACGCUAUCAAUAUUGAUGCCAAAGUUCAUAAGAAAUAUGAUAAAUUAGAAGGGAGAGUUUGAUAUAUAAGAGAAUUAAGGAGAAGUGGCAAUACUAUUUUGUGACAUUUGUCAAUUUGAUACAAUAAUAAAGGUGUAAUAAUAGAAUGUGGUUCAUUUGCUAGAUAUUUUAUUUAGACAAUACGAUUCUUUAUGUAAUCAAUAUAAUUUACAGAAGAUUGAAACAGUUGGUAAGACUUACAUGGCUGCAUCUGGAUUGAAGAAUUUAAUAUCAUAAAAUAAUAUAAAUCCAGUUCUAAGAGCUUUAUAAGUAGCAUUUGAGAUGCAAAAGUUUGCAUUAUCUUAAAGUUUUGGAUAGACUGAGAAUAUAGUGGUAAAGAUAGGAGUACAUUAUGGAAAUGUGAUUGCUGGUGUAAUAGGAUAUCAUAAACCAUAAUUUUCAUUGAUUGGUGAUACCGUGAAUACAACAAGUAGAGUAUGUUCUACAGCAUAGGAUAAUUAGAUAAAAAUAUCUGAAGAGGCCUUUAAAUAGGUUUAAUCAUGUGUUGAUUUUACAUUCACUUUAGAUAUAGUGGAAGCUAAAGGAAAAGGACAAUUGACUACUUAUUUAGUAUAGGAAGUGAUGAAAGAGAAGAUAUCUAGAAAAAGAUUGAGAAAACUUAAAGACGACAUGUCGAUAUUUAUGAACAGAGAUGAUUAUGCAUGUAAAUAAAGAAACUCUAAUUUUUAAUUCAAGAAUUCUCGUAAACCUACUAUUGUUUAAUCAAGUAUUAAAAUAGUUACUCCAUAAUUAAUGCAUAAAUCAAGUAUUAAUUUAGAUAAUCCAAAUGUUGCAUUAAAUAAUAGCAAUAAUAAUAAUAAUAAUAAUGUAUCUUAACAUCAUUCUAGAGGUGAGAGUGAUCAAAUGUAAGCACCAAUAAAGGAAUAAUAACCACAAACGAUAACAGGUCAAAAUUUAAUUGAAGCUCUAGAAAUCAAAUUAGCAAGAGAGAAUCUCGUAUUUGAAGAUAAUCUAGAGUUUCCAUUGAUUGAAGUAGAUAAAGAUAAAAUAAAGUAAAUGCAUUAAUCGGAAGAUGAGUUUAAAGAGAUGGAUGUAUUGAUUUUGGAUAAAAAAAGAUUAUAUUUAGAUUUUCAUUCAGAUGUUGAUGAAGAGGUCAUUUAAGAGUUUUAUUAGUAAUUAAUAAAAUAAAAUAAAAUAUUAGUCAUUCUUUUAGAACUUGGAAUGGGUAUCUUAAUUCUGAUAUAGAAUACAUCUACAAUUUUGAUUGAUGAUAUAUUUAGAGAAAUUAUUGUAUGGUAUAUCAAUGUUGUUUAAGGAUAUUUGAUUGUAUUUGUCAAACUAAUAUUUAUUUGUUUAUUAUUAAAUGAAUAAUAUUGUCGUCACUUUUUUGAAUAGAAAUACUUUAUUGGAUUCUAUAUUUUUAUUUUAAUUUGGUGGAUUAUGCAUAUCUUUAGUGUGAAAGAAGGAAUAAUUGGAGAAGUUUGUAUCGCUAUAGGUAUAUUUCUGUCAUUUUUGACUUAACUCAAUCCCAUAAUUAAGAUGAAAUACAAAGUAGUAGAAAGUAUUGUUAUGAUAAGUAUGAAUAUCAUUGCAGUUGUAGUAAAUGAUUGGGAGAAAUCAUUAAUCUAUUAUGCAAGUUUAUUAUAAGUGAUAUUUGUAUCGAAUCAAAUAUAUAAGUUUUUGAAGAAUGUUGAAGCUUAUAAUUAGAAAUGUAAAUUAAAAUCUAAACAUGAAUAAUUAGAUUAGUUAGUUAAACAUUAAUUACCAACUCAUAUGCUUGAUCAAUUCUUAUAAUUGUAAUAAUCAAGAGCAGUUUUAAAAGAUUAACAUGAAGAUGUUACACUUUUAUUUGCUGAUAUUGCUGGAUUCACUGAAUAUUCAAGUAAAGUUGCUCCUGAAUAAGUUGUAUUUAUGUUACGGAAUUUAUUCACUGAAUUUGAUAAAUGUUGCCAAGAUAAAAAUGUUUAUAAAUUAUAUACAAUUGGUGAUUGUUAUGUUGUUAUGGGAAUGGUUGAUGCUAAAGAUAGAAAUCCUGCCUUAGAAGCUAAAAAUACUGUUGAAAUGGGAUUUGAAAUGAUUAAUAUCAUAAGUAAAGUCAGAGAUAAAAUUAAUAAUUCAGAUCUAGAUAUGAGAAUAGGUAUUCAUACAGGAAGAAUUAUUGGAGGAGUUCUAGGUACUGAUAUUGUUAGAUAUGAUAUAUAUGGACCGGAUGUCUUAAUCGCUAAUAAAAUGGAAUCUAAAGGGGAAAGAGGUAAAGUUUAAGUCUCUGAAACUACUAAAAAAACAUUAGAAUUAUGUUAUCCUGAAGAAUUUUAGUAUUAUUCUCAUUGCAUUGUAGAAAUACCUUCAAUUGA